GGCACACUUGGGCGCACCCGGGCGCGCCAACACCGGCCACCUGCCUCCUCUCCGCCUGGACCAAGGGCUGUCUUUCGUCGUCGCUGCCGGACCGGGCCUCGGACCUCCCCCACUCGCCAUGCUCCCCGGCAAGCGUCCCCCCUCGCCGCCGCUGCAGAUCGCGGCGCACCCAAGCAAACGCUUUCACAGGACGGAUUCGCCGACCGGCGGGGCGCCCCCCGUGGGGGAUCUCCUCUUCGGCGAGCGAGGCAUGCCCCUCCUUGGCAUCCGCAGCCCGGUGAAUGCGAAGAAGGUCGCCGAGCUGGCAGACCUGCUGGUCUUCCCGAGCAGGCAGCGUGGUUCAUCGAAGGGCCCCGAUGAGGGCGAUCGCAACCGCAUCAUCAUCCUCUCCGGUCCCGCUGGCUCGGGCAAGGCCACGGCCCUGCGGCAGAUCUGCACCCAGCGGAAGUACCCCCUGCGGGAGUGGACCAAUCCCACCGGGCCGAACACCAUUCGCCGCCUGGGGGAUAGUCUCGAGUCCAACCGGUCGGGCGGCGUGCUCUCGCGCUUCGUCUCCUUCCUGGCCCAGUCGGCCGCCCUCCCGUCGCUGGAUGGCAAUGCGCCCGAUGGCGAGGCUGAGGGUGGCCUGAGAGAUGUGCUGGUUGAUGGGAAGUCCUCCAGUCCAUCGAACGUGCUGCUCGUGAAGGACCUCCCCCACCUGUCGAACAUCGCCGUCCGGGAUCAAUUCCACGAGUGCCUUCGGAACUUUCUGUCCUUCAACUCGCGCUGUGUGCUGGUCCUCACGGUCACCGACCUAUGGGGCUCCGAGUCGCAUGUGGAGAACUUCACCGGGGCCCCGCUUCGCAAUCGGGGCCUCGCCUCUGGCGGCACCUCCAGCUACUUCGCGAAUCUGAUGGGCCUGGUUCCGCGGGACAUCGCCCUCGUUCAGACCUCCAGCGCCAGCGGUCCCGCCCCCCCGGCCAGGGCAGGCUCCCUGUCCCGGCAUGGGGGAUCCUAUUCGCCGGGCUACUUCAUUUCGCAUGUUCGCUUCAACCCGGUGCCGCAGGCGGCCCUGUUGCAAUUUCUCACCCACAUCCACCAGCAUGUGGCCAUCUUCCCGCUCAAGCCCCAACAACUGGAGGACAUCUGUGCUUCCUCGGCGGGGGAUCUGCGUCUGGCGCUGAAUGCCACACGCUUCCUGGGCCUCUUGAAUGUCUCCUCCGAAUAUUUCGCCGGUUCUCUAGGCCGCGAGCCGGCUCGCUCCUUGAAGGAUUCCAUCGGCCUCAUCCUGGACAAUCCCUCCGAGGCCGAUCUCCGCUCGCGUCUGUGCCCGUCCGGCUCGCAGCCCCAAGUAAAUGGGACAUACCUGGAGCCCACCGCACCUGGGCACUUGAUUGUGGCACAUGCACGGGGCAUCGCCUCGCUCGACAUCACGAGGCGUUUCUUGGCCUGCUACCAUGAGUUCCUUCCCUUCGCCUUUCACCAGCUCCGGGGGCGCAACGAGCCGGGCGGGCCGUCCGCCCAGCUGGGCCCUGCGCUGGAGGCCAUGGCACACAUCUGGGAUCAUCUUGGCCAGGCAGAUCGGUUGCUGCGCCAGCGCUCGGCCGCGGCCUUCAGCGGGGGUCACGGGUCGGGCGGCGGCCUGUCCUCCUCGGACCAGAUCGGCGAGGACGACGGGUCUGGCAUCGACGCGGAGAUCCUCCUGCUGACGGUGAUCCUCUCGUCGCGGUGCUUCAACCGGUCCCCCCGGCGGAAUGCCAUCUACAAUCAGCACACCCUCCGGCCCCAGCCGGCGCGCGGGAGCACCGGGGGCUUGGUCGGCCCUCGGGCAGGCGGCGGCGGCGGCGGCGGCGGCGGCGGCGGCGGCGGCGGAGAUCCCAGCAGCCCCGGGGCCACGCGUGAUGUCGAGUCGCUGGUCGGCAGCGGGGCGCAUCCGCUAACUUCGUAUUUUGACCGGCGCCGGUAUUACCAUUCGGUCCUGCUUCGGAAUCUCCGUCUGUCGUUGAGUGGCCUGUCGAUGGACACCCUGCCAGCCGCCUUCUGGGGCGUCUACCUGCCGCUGUACUUCCCCCCGGCCGGCGGGGCCUGCCCGUCCCCGGGUCCGGGAGCCCCGCGGCCGGAGGCCGGCGAUGCGGGCCUGCUGGCCAUACCGGCGGCCCUGCUGGCGUCUGUCCGGCCAUUUGUCUUCAACCACGGGGAGCUGGUUCUCGAUCGGGCCAGUUACAUCCGACGGCUGCUGGCCACGCCGAAGAGCGUCCACUUCCAGCCAUCCGCUUGCUCUUCCACCCAAGAAAGCAGCCUCACCGUGCAGCUCAUGAACCAAUUGUCGUACUUCCACGAUUUUGAUGGGCUCUCGGGGGAGGGCGCCACCGAGAUGCGCCUGCCGCCAUUGAUGUUUGGCCAUGCAGAUGACAUCCCCACCUUGCGAGAUCCCAGCCGGCUGGUGUUCCCCUCGCCGGUGCCAGCCCGCCGGCGGGAGCCGGACCUUCUCCUUGGUGCGGCGACCGCCGGUCGGUCGGGGCUCCUGGCGGCCGGUGCUUCCGGGGAGCUGGGCCAUGCUUCGCUGGAGCGCCGCUUUGCCGGGGCCUAUGCUCGCCAGGAGCGCGAGCACAGGCUCCGAACGGGGCAGGCCCCGGUGGACGCCGGGCCGCGGUCGAGGGCGGCCACCUUGGCCACAUCGCUGGGGGGCGGCCCGGGAGCGGGGGCCGUCCGGCGUGCAGGUCCCCCGGCCGGCGGUCCGGCGGCCCCCUGGUCCGGGGACCUGGCCCGGGAAGUCCACACCAAGCGCCUUCAUCAAUUCAUGUCUCGACACCGGGCGAUGGUCACCGGUCGGGCCGCCGGGGCGGGUCCGCCCCCGCCGGAGGGUGCCGGGAGAGGUCCGCAUCGCGGCCCUGGCUGAUCUCCCCCCCGCCUUGGUCUUGCCUCGCCUCUCGUGCCGCCGCCGCCGCCGCCGC